AUGAUUUCAAAUCGAAGAAAAGCACAAAUUGAAGAAGAACAUCAUCAGGAUGAAACCGAUUCGGACUCUUCCAUUCAUAAUGAUGAAGACAUCCAGUAUCAUCGUUCAGAGCUCAAAGACUUUGAUCCACAAAUGCUGAGUCCUCCAAAACCACUAGCUUUCAAAGACAAGGUUCGGAAACGAAUUAAAGCGGGCAUUGUAAAUAUAAUAUUAUUUUUAUGGGAGAUGGUUCUGUCGAUUGUUUCCAUUGCCAUGUUAGGAGUUUAUUUUCAAGCAUGCAACAACUGUGACCAACCGAUUUGGUCGUGGCUCCUCGUGAAUACAUGUAUGGCCUUUUUAUGCACCAGCGUAGUGUUGUUUUUGAAAGGAAAAAAGAUGGUGGUCAUUGCAAUACUGUACAGUUUUUUGAGAUCUGGUUGGAGUAUUUAUGGCAUUGUUGUGGUGGCAAGAGAAACAAGUUGUGUGGCUAAGCAUGCGAAUGGGGCACAUAUAUUUUCGAUAAUUUCAAUCAUUUCAAAUGUAAUACAAGUGGUGGUCAUUACACUCAUUGGAAGCUUUCUAGUGGGUCUAUAUGUUGCCAAGCUCGUUCAAAGAGACAAGAAGAAAGAAAAACGCCAAUAUUCAAAGCUAGAUGAUCUAAAUUCAUAUGUUAAUCAAUCGGUGCUUUUCACAGAAGUGGAUUCACAUGAAUCGGAAAUCCAAGAAAACUAUUCUCAAUUUGAAGCAAAUAAUGAAAGCAUUAUGGUCGAGAAGCCUUUACCAACCAACGAUUGUUCGUUCCCUGUUGAUGAAGUAAUCUUGGAAGAUGAGGUCAAUCCUGAAGAUAUUGAUGUUGAGCAUCUUGACAUGGAUCCCAUUGACGAAAUAAAGCUUAAAUUUAACUUGUAA